GCGAUAUUAUUGUCCCGGUGAUGUGGACGAUGACCUCUGGCCAAGGAUCGAGGGGUCUUAUGAGCAAGCCGACGGUCCUUCACUCGGCGUCCCUGCCGAAGCCGAAGGUUGUCCUUCGUCUGCUUUUCCUUCGUAAUGUGUUUAGUUAUUUGCCUUACUGAUGUUUGCUUUGUUCUGUGCAGGUUUUGUCAUGGACCGCGUAUCUUUCAUGGCUCGAGCUGCCAAGAAGGCCGAUGCGGAGCUCAAGGCCGCCCGGGCUGCCGAGAAAGCAAAGGCCGCUGCCGGUAGUUCCCAAGGAGGGGGUGAGGCCGUCAAGAAGGCUGCUCCCAAGAAGAAAAGAGGAGCUGAUGAAGGUCAGAAGACUCUGACCGAAGCGGGUCUGAAACCACAGGCCCCAAAGAAGACGAAGAGGGCCCCAUCGACUGAUGAGGCCGGCGCUCCUUCUCAGGCUGUCAUGGAUGUCCAGCCCCCGGUGGUCCCUCCAGUGAAUGAGCCACCUUCCUCGGCCGUGGUGGCUUCGGCUUCUCGCGUGCUCCCCUCUACGGCUGCUGCUGCCCGUCUAGAGGAGGCCCUUGCCAAAGGGACGUACGAGGUAACAGUGCGCUACCCUGUGAAGGGCGGUCUUUUUAACGAGACCGUCAGUGGCGACGACGUGCUUGCUCAGGCUAUGCCUGAGUAUGAUCGUCAGUACCUCGGCCGACAAGGCCAACAUGUUCGGCUGGACGAUGGAGGGAUAGACUACGUCGUCCAGGUAAGACAUUUUCCUAUAUAAUUUUUCCUUUGCUUUUGUUUUUUCACCUCUAACUUCGUCUUGCUUCGUCCAGGGUGCCCUUAUGCUGAGGGAGCAGCAUUGGAGGCAGGAAGCCGAGAUAGAGCGGCUGAAGAAGAUGGAGGCCAAGGCUGCUUCAGCCGAUGAGGCCCUUCAAGAUUUGCGGGACAAGGCUAAGGCUGCGGAGGAUGAAAUGAAGCUCCUUCAGGUGCGUCUUGAUGAGGCCGAGGCGGCCCGGAAGAAGGCUGAUGAGACCGUUGCCGCUGCUAUUCGAAGAGCCGAGGAGGCGGAGCGCCUCAAAGCUGAUGCUGAGAAGGCCGCCGAGGAGGCCGUAGUGAAUUUCAAAGCCGAGGGGUGGAAAGCCGAAGAUCAGAUCCCCUUUUGCUACGAAGUGGUGGCCGAGAGGCUCACCGAUUGGGUGACAAAGGACCCUGCUGGUGAGGACUUCUGGAUGAACGAGACGCGAGCCUUCUACAACUGCGGCCAGUACAGGAUGCAGAGGCUGAUUUAUAGGAAGCUUCGUCGUCGCUUCCGGAAGAUGAGGCCGAGGGGUUUGAGCCUACCCCGGCGGAUGAGAAAUCCUGAUGAGGAUAUGAAGCUCCCCCCGUCGGAGAGGCAGCCUCCAAUUCUCAGUUCGGACGAGGGGGAAGCGUCCUGGAGUGAAAGUGACGAUUAUCUGCUCGAGGGCUCUGCCGAUUCCAAGGCCGAUGAAGAUGAUGACGCCGAAACCAGUAGCGGUGGCGGGGAGGACGUCGGUCAGAGCAAAGAGCAAGCCGAUGAGGCAGCAUAGUUUUGUAGGCUUUUUUAUUUUGUAAUUUUAGCAUCAAAGUGCAUGUAACGGCCGAAGCGCCCACCUCUUGUAUCUUGUCGUCCCAAAUUAAUGAACUUUUUUGCCUUUGAAUGGAUUUGUUGCUUCGUCUUUCACCACCAUAACUUUAUGUGUGUUUUAAUUCUCGUGAUUUUUGCCAAGUGUUAGGGUUGCCUUUCGCGUCAUCCGGGUGCCCCAUGAGGACGAUGCGGGUGGCACAACGUCUUGGGUAAGUAAUCCUUUGUCGUAGGGACGAUGCGUCUAGUAACGUGCACCUUUGGUUGGAAAUUUUUCUAAGUAUCACAAUUCCGUUUUGGCAUCCUUUUUAAUUGAGACGUAGCGACCCCCAUUCUUUGAGGACGAUGCGCCUCGUUAUCCCUUGAUGAAUUCCGAGUCAUGUUGUUGGAUUCUGAUUCCUGAAGUGUCGGGGACGAAGCGAUACGCGGUGGUAGUGCAUCGUCUUUGUGGUGAUACGGCUUUAGAUAAUUUGCUAAGUGUCAAGCUUGCCUAGCUGUGGGUGUUUCGCUCCUUUUUAUCACUUAGGUUUUGCUACUUGUAGACGAUGCGACUCAUCGUCCGAGUGCUGGAAUGUGAUCUCGUAUAACUGGAACCGAAGCGAUUCCGUUUUGUGACGCUACAGUUGGGGCCGUUGCGUGCACUUCGGAUCCCUGUAUAGUGAAAACCUGAUAUGUACUUAGCCGAUUUUGAGGCUUUGGCUUUUGUGGGGAUUUUGUUUUAUGCUCGAGGCCGGCGAGUGCACGGUCCGUCGGCUUCCCUUUUUUUUUUUUUUUUUUUUUUUUUUUUUUUUUUGGGUGGCCGAAGGGUUACUGUCCCUUCGUCCAUGUGCGGUAGUUUGUCCGCUACGAUCUUCGCGUGAAUUAGUGCGAGGGAGUAAAUACGCCCUCGGCUUGGUGUGUCAGUGGCACCUUUUUUGGCCUUUCCACGUCUAUCGUUGACGAGGGACCGGACUUGGCAUCGUCUAUUGACGGCCGCCCUUUGUGGUCCUGAGCGAAAUUUUACUGACGGGUGGAGUUUUUGUAACCUCAGCCUUAAUUCAGGCCUGUCGUCCUGCGGUUUCCGCGCGGACGACGCGGUAUACUUCUCCGUUUUGAAGACGUUGGACCAUGCACACAGGUCCUUCGUCCUGCAUGUCGCCGGCCGAUUUGGGUGUUUCACCGCUUGUGCCGAUACGAUAUUUAGGUGCGUUGUUUAUUGCAACGGCUUUGUAGGCGCGUUGUGGAUCGCAACGGCCUUGGGUGCGUUGUGUAUUGCAACGGCUUUGGGUGCGUUGUUGAUUGCAACGGCUUUAGGUGCGUCGUUUAUUGCGACGGCUUUAAGUGCGUUGUUUUUUGCAACGGCUUUAGGUGCGUUGUUUUUUGCAACGGCUUUAGGUCGCACCGGACCCGGGUGUUUUACACCGCUUAGGCCGAUGCGGUCCUUUUUGCUCAAAUCUUGAAAGAUUGGAUGAAACAUGAAUUUUAUUCAAUAAGUGGCGCUAGGCCGAGGGUGUUUUAUUCAACCAAUGAGCCGAGGGGUGGGGGACGUUGCCCGCUUCACCACUUCUCGAGUUAUUGGUAAAAUUUCACCAGGUGGUGUACAUUCCACAAUCGUGGUACAUCUGACCCAUUAGGGUUCUUUAGUCUAUAAGUGCCGGCUUUGAUGACGGCGCUGAUGAUGUAGGGCCCUUCAUAUUUGACGGCGAGCUUUCCUCCUUCCGUCGGCUUGCUUGCUUCCCUUCGGCGGAGAACGUAGUCUCCCACCUGGAAUUCGCGAGAGCGGACCUUGGCGUCGUAGUAGGAUUUAACUUGUCGUCUGUAGUUCUCCGCUCUGAGGUAGGCCAUUUCUCGUCUCUCAUCAAUGAGGUGCAAGUCAAUCUUCAUGGCUUCUUCAUUGGCUUCGGGGUCGUAUUGUGUGACCCGUCGGCUGGGGAGGGUGACUUCAGUGGGAGCCUUGGCUUCGAAGCCGUAGCACAAGGAGAAUGGUGUCUCCCCGGUGGCCCUCCUCGGCGUAGUGCGGUAGGACCAUAGGACGUUGGGGAGCUCGUCGACCCAACUUCCGCCUUCUUCUUCGAGUUUCUUCUUCAGCCCCUCCAAGAUGGUUCUGUUGGCGUUCUCAACCUGCCCGUUGGCCUGAGGGUAGGCAACGGAGGAGAAGCGGUGUUUGAUGCCCCAUUCUUGGAGGAGGGUUUGGAAUGGUUCGGCCUCAAACUGGGUGCCGUUGUCCGAUAUGAUCUCCUGAGGCACGCCGAAGCGGGUGAGGAUGUUCUUGUAGACGAACUUUCGACACCGCGCUCCGGUGAUGCUUGCGAGUGGUUCGGCCUCGACCCACUUGGUGAAGUAAUCGAUGGCGACGAUGAUAUAUCUGUUGUUGCCCGCGGCUCUUGGUAGUGGGCCGACGAGGUCGAUGCCCCAUCUGGAAAAUGGAAUGGCGGUGCUGACCGGGGCGUAGUUGACAGCUGGUCGGCCAGGUGCCCUUUGAUAGUGUUGACAUGCGCUGCAUUUGCGGGCAACUUCAGCACAAUCACGCGCCAUCGUCGGCCAGAAGUAGCCUUGGACGACGAGGCGGCGCGACAUGCUGAAGGGCCCCUGAUGUGAUGAGCAUACGCCGCAGUGGACUUCUUCCAUGGCCACUUCGGCCUCAUUCUGGUGUAGGCACCGGAGGAGGGUGCCAUUGUAUGAUCUCUUGUAGAGCUUGUCACCCUCAAUGACAUAGCUUGGGGCCCUGAGCUUGGCUAGUUUGGCCCUCUCCUCGUCCUCUGGUAGCGUGCCGGAGGUGAUGUAUGUUGCGAUGUCAGUGAUCCAGUCCUCCGGCUGGUGUUGGAUGGAGAGUAUAGGGCUAGCAUGAAUGCUUGACAUGCUCAACUCUUCCACCUUAGCUAUCUUGGAGAUGUGCUCAGGGGUGUCGGAGCUGAGCUUGGAGAGUAUGUCGGCCUCGGCGUUCUCCGCCCUUGGGAUCUGAGUGAUCUCGUAGGUAUCGAACGCCUUGAGCAAUUCCGCAGCGGCCUCCUUGUAUUGCUUCAUCCGCCCUUCUUUGGCCUCGUAGGAACCCUCCAUCUGGCUCACUACGAGUUUGGAGUCGCAUUUGAUUCUGACGUUGCGUGCUUUGAGGCCAGCGGCUAGUCUGAGACCGCUGAGGAGCGCUUCAUACUCGGCCUCAUUGUUGGAUACUUUGAAGUUGAAGCGGAUGGCAUAGUAUGCUCUGAAACCUUCCGGGGAGAUGAGGACGACGCCACCCCCACAGGCUUUGGUGGCCGAGGACCCGUCCGUGUAGAGGGUCCAGGCUUCGUCUGGUUCAGCUCCUGUGGUGGUAACGGCCGUCUCCCUUGCCGUGCACUCUGUGACGAAGUCAGCCAAGGCUUGCCCUUUGAUGGAUGGCCUCGGCUUGAUCUCAAUCUGGUACUGGCUCAGGAAUAUUGCCCACUUGAUCAUCCUUGGAGAGCUGGUUGGGCUCCUCAUGAGGGCGCCCAACGGCUGAUGCGUGAGGACAUGGACGGGGUGAGCCUGGAAAUAGUGCCCCAGCUUCUUCACCGUGUGGACGAUGGCCAGCACCGUUUUCUCGAUGGGGGAGUACCUGAGCUCGGCCUCCCGCAACGUCUUGCUGACGUAGAAUAUUGCCUUUUGUACCCCGUCAUCCUCCCUGAUGAGUACGGAACUGAUGGCCGACGUGCUCACUCCUAAGUAAAGGAAGAGAGUCUCGCCGGGUUGGGGCUUGGAUAGGACGGGUGGGGAGGCGAGAUAUUGCUUCAGCUCUUCAAAGGCUUGUUGGCACUCCGUCGUCCAUUUGAAGUUGGUGGCCUUCCUCAUUAUUUGGAAGAAAGGGAGCGAUUUCUCCGCGGAUUUUGAAAGGAAACGGUUCAGGGCCGCAAGGCGUCCCGUCAGCCGUUGCACUUCUUUGAUGUUGCGGGGCGGCUCCAUGUUGAUAAUGGCUUGUAUCUUCUCCGGG